UAGAGACUGAAGUUUGGCUGAUUUAUGUCAGCCCUUGUCAGACCACAGGUUCUGUCACAGCUGCUGCAAGACUACAGCACUGCAGUGAUUAACAUUUAAAGCAAAGUUCACAACUGUAAAUACAUUAUUUAUACUAGGAAUGCAGGAAAAAUAUAAAUUGCUCAAUGCAUUACAAAGAUAUUUUUCACUGUAAAAGGGCCACAUCCUGGUGGUAAGUUCUCUUCUACAAUCAGACAUCUCGUUUACUUGUAUGCCUGAAGAGAAGGGGAAAGGAGCUUUGCUUACACAUUCAGACAGAGCAGAGGGAUCAGAAGCACCCAGCACACUUCAGGCCAGUCCUAUGUUAGCAGUCCUAGCAGUAACAUGUUAGAGGCUAUUUUCAUGAAAACUGUUGAGCAGAGCUUGUAGAAUUUGAACUUCUAUUUGAUACAUGUUACUUAGUUACACAGAUAAUUGAUCUGUUUCAAGUACAGUAAAGCUGUCCUUGUACCAGAGCAAAUAAUUUUGCUCCUGAGAGCUGUCAAACACAAAGCUGUAUCUUUGUCCCAGAAAGACCAAGUCCUAUCAAUGGCAGCUCAUUCAUGUGCAGGAGUAAAGAGAGAGGUCUGAAAUAAGCCCAGUUAAAUCAAUGGAAAGAUUCCUGCUUGUUUCAACAUAAUGCACAGUAGGUUAGUACUCCCUAAGGAGUCUUAGCAGUCCCCUAGGCUCUACAGAUAACUAUAUAUAGCCUGCAAAGCUUAUACAGCAAAGGUAGGAUUGGCUGUGAUGGAGCUUAGGUGGAGGAUUAAUAAAACUAAUUCCCUAAGAUAGGAGCACCACAGCACAAGUGGUUACCAACAGAGAGGAGAAGGACUGCUUGUCAGCCAUAAAACCACCAUGCUGAAUUUGCAGGGUUUUGUGAAAACUAUAUCAUCGUCCAAAUGUCGAUGCACCGAAAUAACUGGUGAAGGCCACCCAUGAGCACCCGGAGGUACCUGGUGAGCUUGCAGAUGUCUCCCCUAAACCUUUCAUUUUCAGACUCACUGCACAUAGUGAUUCUGGCUUCCAUACUUUCUCUCAUCAUUUACUGGCUCAUCAGAGACCGUCACAGAGUUAGAGACCUGAGUGAAAAGUAUGUCUUCAUAACAGGCUGUGACACCACACUUGGAAAUGCACUGGCCAAGUGGCUUGACAAAAGGGGAUUUUGUGUCAUUGCUGCAUGUGCCAAUGAAAAAGAAGGCCAAGAACUACUGUCCUGCUCCUCACUUUCCCUGAAGACAGUGGAUCUGGACUUGGCUGACUCCAGCAGCAUCUCCAGGGCUGUACUAUUUGUGACAGAGGAAACAGCAGGCAAGGGGCUUUUUGGCUUGGUGAACGCUGCUGAAGGAGCAACACCUGCAGCACCCACUGACUGGCUGAGGAUUGAUGACUUCCACUCAGUGCUGGAUGUUAAUCUACUGGGACUGAUUGAAAUCACGCUCAAGCUUCUACCACUUCUGAAAAAAGCCGAGGGAAGAGUGGUCAAUCUAAUCAAUGCUAAAGGCUUCAUGGCAUUUGUAGGGGGUGGCUACAACUUGUCCAAAUGGGGCAUGGAAUCUUUCUCCGACAUCUUACGGAGAGAUAUUCAGCACUUCGGAGUGAAAGUAAGCAUUGUUGGGCACAGUUUCUUCAACACAAAAGUUAAUUCAAGUAUCAUGGAGAGAGACCUCCUAAGACUUUGGAACAGACUGCCUAAUGAUAUCAGAGAUUCCUAUGGAGAAAAAUACUUUUCUGAAUAUAGAAAAGCUCAAAGAUCAUCAGUGAAAAGACUGUGCAACUCUGAUAUUUCUAAGGUCAUAAAAUGCAUGGAACAUGCCCUGUUAGCAAAGUACCCCAGGACACGAUAUGGAGCUGGAUGGGAUGCAAAGUUCUUUUGGCUGUUCCUCUACUAUGCCCCGAGCUGUUUAUCUGACAUGCUGUUUCACAUGAUGCUUCCAGCUCCAGCAGCUAGUGGGAGUUCAGUCCCUGGUGCUCUAAUCAACAUCUAGUACUAUAACCAGCAUCAGCUCUAUGGAAACAACUCUUAAUCCUCUCAUAAACAGAUGACAUCUCCUCUUUACCAGUUACUAGACUACUAAAAUUCCCUUCAGAAAACACUUUCUCCUGCUUACCUGAAAUUUCUGAGUUUGUAGAUAAGACUUGUGAACCUACCACACUUUUUUGCGCCCAGAAGUGAUACGUCUGUAAUAUCUGCAUGCAAGCAAUGUUCAGCUACAAAUCUAGUUAAUACUGCUCAUCCAAUAAAACAUUUGUUGUUUUUCUUAUUUAAAUGAAAAUCUGUUUUUCACAUUGACUUCAACAACACGUAGGUUUCUAGAGAAUUCGAAAAGAAAAAGAUAAAAUCAUUGGUCUUUCAGAACAUCUAUAUUAUACACGUACCUUAUAGAAUGUGCUUAUUCAGAUUUAAUAAUCUAUUUCAUGUAGCUUGGUCAUGGCCAUAUUCAGAAGUUGCUAAACUUCAAAAGCUCCUGAACACAAGAUAUCAAAUCAAACAAUAACAAAGCCCAGCUAUUGCAACAUAUUCCAAAAAUUACAAUUGCAGAAUUUGACCACAUCUAACCAUCUGGUUAUUCAACUGUGUAGAGACAAAACGUAAGUUAUUUCAAAGAUAUGAAAUUACAGGAAAAAUCAAAACUGAACGAUCCCCCAUUACUACUAUAACAGAGCAACACUUAUAUCUUAAUAGUUGCAUUUUAAUACCCAUUCCCAAUACCUGCACUGUUUACUAGGGAAAAUGUUAAAAUGAAUAUAUAUUUACAUUUAUUUUGCCCUCAAUGUGCUUUGCAACUUAAAAGAAUUAUUAUUUCACUCAUUAGAUGAAACAGGUUGCUAAUAUAUGCUACAGCCAAUUAAUCCGAAUGUACAAAGAGCGUGCUCAAAAUGGUGAAGUGGCAGCUUAAGUUGCUGUGCCUCUUGUACACUAUUUCUAUCAGUUAAGCUACUGACAUGCUUGUGUUCCUGGAGAUUUGAAAAUUGAGAGGGUAAAGGUUUUAUUUGCUAAAGACCUGCGCUGGUGAUUAAUCAUUAAUGUGCAAUUCAAUUAAGCUUAGAAAAAUACCAGUUGCAGGUCAGAGCACCAAAUGUAAGAAAAUCAGUUUCAUUACCGUGCAGUGUGUGUGUGCUGAGGGUGGGAGAGCAUAUGCAAGAAAGGGACAGAAUGUAAAAAUGAUUCACUGAGGUUGUAUUAUCUAGCAAAUGGUUUCAAGAAGAAAUUUAUUUUACUUCAUACAGAGAGUCGUAGCUCUUUCUGCCUGGCUAGACAGAUGUAGAUAAAAUGUUCAGUGAAAAAAAUUUAACAUUUUAAUUUACUGGGCUUGUAGCGGCCAAUUAGAGAGAUGUGCUGAAAUUUCUAAUAAGCCUUCUUUUAAACAACAAAAUUCCAAACAAGAAUUAAGCCAGGGACUGCCCUCAUGAGGGAAAUAUAAUAAAAGUGGAAAAUGAAGUUAGGAAAAGAAUCUGAAACUUCUGUUCAACACAGUACCACAACACAUAUACAUACUCAGAAGGUUAUGUUGCAAUACACUACUGAGAUGAAGAGACCCAGUUAAAGCUUAGGAAUCCUUUGCCAUCCAGUAUGUUAAAUAAUCAAAUUUGUACGCUACAUAUCUAAUCCAGUCUCCCAGUAUUGGUUUUCUUCUACACCUGAAAAGUAAAAAAUUUAAGGCAAAGAAAAAAAAAUACCCUCUGACACAUAGCUGAUGUAUAAGCAAUUGGACAUAAAUCUCAAGGAAAUGCUAGCUCUUCCUUCUCUCUUAAAAACACUUUGAGGACUUAUUAGUUCCUUCCUCGACAAGAGCAACCUGCCUUUAAAAGGAAAUCUUUCUCAUAGACAUUCAGAGAUAUGUAUGUUGUGUUCCCAAUUCUAAAGGAUUUUUCUACAUUCAAGCAAUCAGAUAUAGUAUCAGACUAACAUUUUGGUUGCUUAUAUCGACACUACGACACUACCUUAAUAACCAGUUUCCUGCAAUAAAUUCUAAGAUUUUCCUGUUACAAUGGCCAGAUUAUUUAACAUAUGUAUAUAAGGAAGCAGUGAUAAAAUAUUAGUGAUUUUAUAUAAAAAACUCUAAACAGUUGUGUAGAGUUAUAAGCUAUUCUUACUUUAAUUUACCUAAAGCAAGAUUGUUUUCAUCUCAGGGUGCACUGAAGUCUCCGCAGUGGCAGAAUCCAUACAGCAUUGACAAAAAGUUAUGGAAUAGGGAUAUGAUAAAAUAAUACAUUUAUUAAAUUUAUUCAGCAGCAUUAUUUUCCAGUAGUCUUUUCUAAUCAAAGUACAUUACAAAAUAAUUAGAAGCAUUCUAAUUAGAAAUAGUGUAUGUUUUGAGAACUUAGUCAUAAAGCAAUCAAAUAGUAGAAGUCUCAAUUAUCUUAAUUUAAGAAUCUUUAAAUUAUGUGAGUAACUAGUUAGGAAUGCUACAUGUUCCUGUAGUGGUACUCAGAGUUUCCUCAAACAGUUCACACUGUGGAAAUUACCUUGGCUAAUUAAUAGAAAAACUUGUAAGACAUACAGUAUAUGCUGAUAGAAGGUUAUGAAAAUAAGCAGAUUAACUACAAAGACUGCAUUAGUAGAAAUUGUUUCCCUUUCUAUUAAUGUCCACCUCUGGAAAUAAAUAGUCAAUAAAAUUAAAUUUUCACAUUAAAAUACCUGAAUCAUUUCUUAAAUGAAGCAGUAUCUUUUGUAUUUUGCUUUUCAGAAAUAAGCUAUUACAGAAUCUAGCUACUUUUUUUAGUAGUACAAAAAACUUCAAGAGACUCCAGCAAGAACAGUGCUAUUUCACUGAUGUACAAGAGAGAAUCUCAUUAAAUUCAGUACUCAUGACAUUAAAAUCUAAAUCCAUCAAAUCUUUUAAAGAACACUAUUAAUCGAGUGGUUUUAAUUGGAUCCUAGUAGAAAAGUAUGUCUAAUGGAUUGUUUUAUCCCAGGCAGUUAAAACAUUGUAAGAAUAACACUCUGCACAGAUAGCUAUUCAGCUAUGAAUGACGCUGCAUUGACUUUUCCAUCUUUUAACACAAGAUAAACAGAGACACCCAUUUCUACAUCCAGCAGACAAUAAAAAUAGGUGGUAAGGAUGCCCAGAGCACCAGUAGAAGUUUUAAAAGGUAUUGUUAUAAAUAUAUAUGCGAAAGAUCCUGUAAAUCAGUAAUGCUCCUAUACUCACCUUGUUUGUAUUUUUAGUCUAAGCCCCUAUGUAACGACUUUACCCCUAUCUUUAUGCAACCAAUUCCAUACAGAUUUAUACUAGCAAAAAAAAAACCAAGAUAAUCUUUGAAAAAUUUACAAAUUUACAAUAUAUUUAUAACAUUACUUUCAGACAGGUUCAGUGCAAAGAUAUACAUAUAGUACACCAUGAUACUUGUUCAUAAAAAUAGUAAUUGGCAUUUGUCAAAAACAAGGCAUAGUUUCAAUAUACAUCUCCAGCCACCGAC